AUGACGGAGAUUGGAGGACCUGAAGUAGGUCUCUGGUACACACAGGUUGUGUGUGUUGCAGCUGAAGCUCCUAAAAAGAGCAAGGAAGAUGAAUUUCAGACUAAGUUGAAUUUGUUCCUUCAAAACGAAGGAAAAUCAUUAGCUGACAUUUCAAGUUUGGCAUCUCCUGCUCCUGACCUCAACACUAAGCUGGUCGAGGCCAUAAACUCCCUUGUUCAAACAUGUCAUGUGGCUUCAUCUGAGGAGAGAGGGAUAUAUAGAAAGCUGCGCCCUUUUUCAGGGUUUAUACCAACUCCUCUUGGGGAAGACGAGUUUGAGAUUUGGGUGGAGCAGACUACACACAUUUUGGAAGAGUGGCAGUGCUCUGAUAAUGUUAAGAAGCAGAAACUAGUAGAGUGCCUCAGAGGUCCUGCAGCAGAUAUUGUAAGAUUUGAAAAGACUGGCAACUCAGCCGCUACUUAUAGUGACUAUCUUAGUGUACUAGAGUCAGCAUUUGGCAGUACUGAGGAUGCUGCAGAUUUAAUGCUUAAAUUUCGAAGCACAUACCAGAAUGAAGGAGAGAAGCUGUCAGCCUACAUAUUGAGAAUGCAGCAAAUAGUCAGAGGUGCCCUGGCAGGUGACAUGGUGGCUAUGCGUUUGAGGAUGACCCACAAGCUUUGUGAGCCACCUUCUUUCAACGAGUUAAUGAAGGAGGUUAGAGAAGAAGAAAAUAUGGUCAGCAGUAGGCGCACCUUACCGUCUAAUGUUGCCAUGUCUGUAGUGCCCACUACCAAGAAGGAUUCGUCUGCUAACAGUGGUACUGUCGACUCAGAAGUAGAAAAGUUAAAGAAGGAGAUUAGAGGGCUGAAAAAUGAGGUGUCUCGGUUGUCAGCUGCAGCCAAAGAACCUGUAGCCCAUAAUCGUCCAGCCAUGCACAGUCUGGCUGCUGUUGCUGACUGUAAAACUCCAACACGUACAGUAACCAAAGCCAACAUAUUUUGCUACAGAUGCGGGGAAGAUGGGCAUCUUAAGCGGGACUGUAAAAACGAUGAAAAUCUCAGGAAAGUAAACCAGCGACUCAUCAGAAUGAGACAAUCUUCGGGAAACUUCUCCGGGGCUCAGUAA